AUGGCAGAAAACAAAGAAAACCCUAUUUCAAUCAAUGACGUUCCAACCGAAAUCUUGUAUCAAAUCGUCUCCUUGAUCCCUUUAAAAGAAGCUGCAAGAACCAUCAUCCUUUCAUCUUCAUGGAAGCACUUAUGGACACCAAUUCAAGUGUUCUUAAACAUCAAUUCUGAUCAAAUAACAAGUCAAGAAUCCGGUCAACAGAUGAGUCGGGUCGUCUCUUCUUUCUUAAACACUUAUGUAAACAGUUACCAGAUCCUCAAUCUCUCUUUCCUUGAAUCAAACUCAGUUAGUCAUGAAGAAACUCUUUUCAUGAAAGCCAUUAAAGGAGUAGACAAAGAGCUUUACAUAAGCUUCCAUGGCGAAUGCACAAACGAUUUUAGUUUGUCCAUAGAACUGCCUUUGUGUGAAAAUGCCAACUUAUUCUCUCUCAAGACCCUUCACCUUAGAUCCAUUACAGGAAUGGCGAGAAGCUUUCUUCCGGAGUUGUUUUCUGGUUGCCGGAAUCUUGAAACUCUAAGUCUUGAAAAAUGCAAUGGGUUACAAUAUGUUGAUCUUAAAGCACAUGACAUGUUGCAUAACUUUGUGAUUUUGGAUUGUGAAAACAUGAGAAGUGUCAAUAUUUUAUCAGCUCCAAACCUUAAAUCUUUCUUGUAUCGAGGAACCUUAGCUAAAAUCGAGCUUAAAGAGGUCCCGAAGUUAUGUGAUGUUACAUUAAACUUGAAGGGUACUACUACCCUAAGUGACUGCAAUGAGUUUGAUUGUGAAGAUAUUGUCUCUCUUCUUGCUUCUCUCAAGGAUGUUGAAGUUCUCACUCUAAGUGGCUGGCUUCUUGAGUGGCUAUGUACAAGAGGUGUAACACUAGAUAUGCUUGAGUUCAAGUUUGACAAGUUGAAGGAGCUGUCAUGGAUAGAUUAUUGCAUGAACAGACAAAAGAGGGAUUCACUUGCAGCCUUCUUAACUCUCACACCAUCAUUGGAAAACUUGUUUAUCAAGAUUGAUGAAAAAUGGAGUGCAGUACCAAGUCCUCACUUUCACGAAUCUUGGCCAUACGUUUGGACCGAUAAUUUGCACAGUUUUCAACUGAAGCAUUUGAAAAUGGUUAAGUUUUUUGGGUUUAAGAUUGGAGAAGAUGAUCAAAUGUUGGCUUCCUUGAUGGACCUUUUGCUUAAAAGAGCCAUAGCAAUCAAGGAAAUGAGUGUUGCAGAACCAGAAAAUAAGCUUUCAUGGAGGGUAGCUAAAAUCCCACAAAGCCACUUAAAGACGAUAAAAUCAUCAUCGACAAGAACAAGCUACUCUUCCAAGUCUUCUAGUUUGCUCUUGUCGUUGAGCGACAAAUGUUAUUUUCAGUUGACACCAAUAUUGGUUUAA